GGUGUUUGGAGUUGAAGAAAAUUGUAAAACAUUGAUUUGCGAAUGCGAAUAUCUACUGAAAAUAUUCACGAAUUCGAAUGCCAAUCCAAAUAUUCAGUUAUGCUUCACUAUACAUCACGUCAAAGCAUACUAAAAGAAGAGAAGACUGCGAAGUUUUAUCUCUUGAAGUUUGAUAUUCCUCCCCUUCAGCUUGAUUAUUAAAUUGCUGUUUGAAAAAAAAUAAGAAAAAUCAAAUAUGUAUGUAAUUUAUGAAAAUAAACAUUUCUUUUCCACAACUAGUUUAAAAACA